AUGGCGGCGGCCACCUCGGAGCAGCGGGAGAAGCAGGCGGAGCUGCAGGGGCUGCUCUGCGGCGUGGUGCAGACGCUCUGCACGCGGCUGGCCAAGGAGGACAACGGGAAGGCAGCGCUGCUGCAGUACGCGGACUCGACAAUGGAGGCGCUGCUGCGCGUUCUGGCCAACCCGGGCCAGGCCGGCGGCGCGGCAGGCGCAGCGGUCGCGGCGGCCAGCGUGCACGAAGAGGCGAUGCAGGCGGUGGGCUCGGUGGCGAUCGGCGUCGGGCGGCAAUUUAGCAAGUACAUGCCGUCGUUCUACCCCUACCUGAAGGCCGGCCUCUUGAACCACCAGGAGUGGCAGGUGUGCCUGACGACAGUGGGCGUGCUGACCGACGUGUGCGACGCGGUGGGUGACGAGCUGGCGCCCUACAGCGACGAGAUCAUGAACAUGCUCAUCCACAACCUCGGCAGCGACGCGGUGCACCGCAGCAUCAAGCCGCAGAUUCUGUCCACGUUUGGCGACAUGGCUCUGUCGCUGGGCGCCAAGUUUGAGAAGUACACCGAGGCCGUCACGCGCAUGCUGCAGCAGGCCAUGCAGCUCAGCGCCGCGCAGGCCGCCCAGGCUGCUCUUGAUGAUGACCUGGCGGACUACAAUAAUGAGCUGCGCAUGGGCAUCCUGGAGGCCUACAGCGGCAUAUUCCAGGGCCUACCCAGCGGCUCGGCCGAGGGGCCGCUGCGGGCCGACGUGCCGCUGAUCCUGGAGUUUGCAAACACCAUAGCGCGCGACCAGGCGAGCGAGGAGUACGACGAGCUCGUGGUGCGGGCGACUGUCAGCCUGCUGGGGGACAUGGUGACAACGGUGCAGGGCGUGGGCUCGCUGCUGGCCAGCCAGCGGGGCCAGGACUGGGAGAAGCUGCUCAGCUGGGUGCACGAAAGCGACGCCCUCGGCAGCGACCUGGAUUGGGCCGUCAACGCGAUAUCGGGGGCGGUACAGGCCGCGGCGUGA